AUGCACACCGCCCUGCACCUCGCCACCAUCGCCGGGUCGGAGUUGCUGGUGCGUAACUUGCUUCUGGCGGGGGCGCAGCUGGGGGCGCUGACCCCCCAGAGGAGGACCUGCCUGCACCUCGCCGCCCUCCACGACCACCCACACAUCGCACAAGUGCUCCUUGAUAAGGGCAUCGACUGCGACGCCCUUGAUAGCGACCUUAACAACGCCCUCCACAUCGCUGUUAAGCUGGGCCAUGUCGCCGUGACGCGGGUGCUGUUGACAGAGAGUUCCGUCAACGCUACUGCCGUCAACCUGCGUGGACAGAACCCGCUGCAUCUGCUCGCCUGUCAUCAGCCUGCGUCUGCGCCUGCCAUAGCCAAGCUCUUCUGUGAGGUCAUGCCAGACUACCCCGUCAACGCGCCCGACGUGCACGGCAACACUGCGCUGCUGCUGUCGUACCAGCGCGGGGGGGCGGCGCUGCUGGACCCGUGGGCGCCGUUGGGGAGUGGCAACUAG